AUGGCCAACUCCCCGACCUUGUUCAACGCCGACGAGAAACCAGGCAUCGCAUCAUCUACGUCAAGAACUACUAAGAGGGAACAACUGUGCCCCUAA